AUGGUGGCGGUGUCGUGGUGUCUAACAAAACAGGGUAUGAAGACGAUUGAUCGCGCGACGCGUAACUAUAUGCAAGAACUGAAUAAAUCCGAGGGGUUCGAUGUCGGUGGUCUUCAACCAUCUCUCUAUGUUCAUGCAUUGCUGGAAACCAUAUGUAAUGAUACUUGUUCUCCCUUAGUCCUCCUUUAUGCUAAGAUGGGUCUUCAUCGUUAUAAUUUGCUCCAGGGAAAAAACUUACAGCUCAUUAGCGUUAAGAAAUACAACCGGUCCACGGGUUCUGCUGCUUCCUGUUACUACAUAACUUUGGAAGCCAUGGAUCCAGCUACCAAUUUGCCUCGAGCUUUUCAGACUAGAGUUCAGGAGCUAAGUUUUGGCGAAUUGAUUUUGUCGGCUGGUAUUGCUAGACCGCUAGGCGAAACCAAGAGAAGUGACGUAAGUGAAAUAAAGAAAAGCAGCGAUCACAAACCUGUGAAAAACUUCUUGCUCGUAAAAUCCACUCCUAAGUGGCCGCGAGAGAAUCCUUUUGAAAAUUCAAAGCGAUGUCACGUGUUGAAGGAUUCAGAGCUGCAAGAGAAUAAAGACUGGAUUAGUCUCUACUUGGAACUUGCAGUUGCCGCGACUAAUAGGGACAGCCUUGAGGAUCAUGAUCUGUCCCACUUGAAGAUUAUCAAAGUGGCUAUAGAUACUAGUACCCAAGAUGUGGAAGAGGGACUCAAGAACGCCAAAUAUUUUGCAAUUGUCUACAUAAGGUACAAGGACUCGUGCGAGGCUCGAGUUGGUAAGGAUGUUGAUCGCGUAGCUGUAGUCAGAAGAGCCUUCAAUGAGCGCCAUGGGUGCUUCAGUCUACUGGGCCAGACUCUGAGUUCGGAUAUUUUACCCAAAAAAAGGGGUAAGAAGCAACUUUUGUUUAGCCUGCGUUUCAAACCGUGGCGGCUGUUAUUUAGUCCUAGGCGGCGCAAGGCAUACAAACACAGUGGCCUUGGCUUUUCUCGCCGUCUGCGCAAGACAAGAACCAUCGAGUAUGUUGACAAUGAGGAGAAGACGGAAUGCUUCAAUCUCGUGGGCCAGGAUCCGAGUUCAGAAAUUAUACCAAAAAAGGGCAAAAAGCGGAGUGCGGAACCUUCCCCUACUCCUUGGCGGCUCAAGGCAUGCAAAUACAGUGGCCUUGGCGACGAGACAUGA